AUGAACAUACUGAAGAAGCCGGCGCCGGGCAUGGCGCCAAAGGGCGCAGACGCCGCCAGCUCGGCCUCGCCAGCCAACAUCGGCGCGGCCACGGGCCCCAACGCCGCACCGCCAGCUGCCGGCGCCGGCACCGCUGCUGCGGCUCCGGCAGCCCCCGGCUCGGCCUUCACCGCAAGCGCCGCUGCCGCCGCCGAGGCGCUCUCCGCCGCCGGCUUGCUGUCCAGCAGAAGCAGCGGCGGCUUGGCCUCGCCGCCCGCUGCCGGCACCGCCGCCUGCUGCUGCUGCUGCGCCGCCUCGGGCUGCUGCUGCGGCGCCGCGGUGGGCAGGCCCAGUAUCUCUCGGGCAAAGGCGUCCUCGUUGGCUACCAGCGUGCCCAUCUGGCCCCCCGGCAGCACGAGGCCGCCCUCCUCCGACAGCGCCAGGCGGGUCAUGGGGAUGCCCACCGGCGGGCGCACGCGCUUCCUGUCAAAGUUGGGGUCGCCCUGGGUGCGCGAGCUGGAGGAAGAGAUCCGCGGGGAGCGGCCUCGGGGCGAGGCGGCGGCGGCAGGCCAGCAGGCACGGCAGGAGGAGGAGGAGGAGGAGGAGGAGGAGGAGGAGGAGGAGGGCGGGUUUGACAUUGAUUCCGGCGACGAGGGGGAGGCCGGCGGCGAGGAGGCGGAGGAGGGGAGCAGCAGCAGCAGCGAUGAUGAUGAUGAUGAGGAGGAGGAGGCGGCAGGCGCAGCGCAGGCGGGCGACCCCGCUGACGCUGACCUGGCAGCUGCCGCGGCUGGCGAGAGCGCUGGCGAGGAGGAGGAGGCUGAGGGGCAGGGCGGGGAGGUGGAUGGGGAGGCGGCGGCGGGCGGCGCGGCCGACGUGGACGCCGACGACGACGCCGGCCUGUGCGCCGCGCUGUUCAAGGGCCUUGUGUUCUUCCUGGGUCGGGAGGUGCCUCGCGAGCAGCUGCUGCUGGUGGUGCGCGCGUUUGGCGGCGAGGCGGGGUGGGUGGGCGAGGGGUCUCCCGUGGAGGAGGGGGACGAGCGCAUCACGCACCAG